CGCGCGACAGGAAGGGCCGGGUAAGAACCUCGGCGGCCGGCGCGCUGGACCUGCGACCGGAACCAGGCCCGCCCCGCGCCCCGACCCCGACCCCGCGGCGAUGGCCUGAGCCCCACCGCCCACGGGACCAUGAGGAGCGACCGGGAGCGCAGGGGCGCUGGCGGCUUCGGGGGCCUCGGCGCGGGACUCAAGUACAGUUCGCGGCCGGAGAACAUGAAUGGCUUUGAGGAAGGUGUGGAGUUCCUGCCAGCCAACAACACCCAGAAGGUGGAGAAGGGCGGCCUGAGGCGCUGGGUGGUGCUGGUGGCCGUGCUGGCCAGCAUCCUGACGCUCUCCCUCGUGGCUGGCCUCCUGGUGUGGCACUUCCAGUACCGGAACGUGCAGGUCCAGAAGGUCUUCAAUGGCUACCUGAGGGUCAAGAAUGAGAACUUUCUGGAUGCCUAUGAGAACUCCAACUCCACUGAGUUUGCAAACCUGGCCAACAGGGUGAAGGAGGCACUGAAGGUGUUGUACAAAGGGAUCCCAGUCCUGGGACCCUACCAUAAGAAGUCGGCCGUGACUGCCUUCAGCGAGGGCAGUGUCAUCGCCUACUACUGGUCGGAGUUCAGCAUCCCCUAUUACCUGGUGGAGGAGGCCAAUCGGGCCAUGGCGGAGGAGCACGUGGUCACAGUGCCGCCCCGCGCCCGCUCCCUGGGCUCCAUCGUACUGUCCUCAGUGGUGGCCUUCCCCACUGACCCCAGAACAGUACAGAACACCCAGGACAACAGCUGCAACUUUGCCCUGCAUGCCCAUGGCAGUGAACUAACUCGCUUCACCACGCCUGGCUUCCCUGACAGCCCCUACCCAUCUCGCGCCCACUGCCAAUGGACCCUGCGGGGGGACGCCAACUCUGCUCUGAGCCUCACCUUCCACAGCUUCGAUGUCUCAACUUGCGACGAACGUGGCAGUGACCUGGUCAUGGUGUAUGACACCCUAAGCCCCGUGGAACCCCGAGCCGUGGUGCAGCUGUGUGGCACCUACCCUCCUUCCUACAACCUGACCUUCCUCUCCUCCCAGAACGUCCUGCUUGUCACGCUGGUGACCAAUACGGAGCGCCGGCAUCCUGGCUUUGAGGCCGUGUUCUUCCAGCUGCCCCGGAUGAGCAGCUGUGGAGGCUAUUUACGUGGAACCCAGGGUAUGUUCAGCAGCCCCUACUAUCCCGGCCACUAUCCGCCCAACAUCAACUGUACCUGGAACAUCGAGGUGCCCAGCAACAAAAAUGUGAAGGUGCGAUUCAAAGCCUUCUACUUGCUGGAGCCCAACGUCCCCCUGGGCUCCUGCCCCAAGGACUAUGUGGAGGUCAACGGCGAGAGGCUCUGCGGAGAGAAGCCCCAGUUUGUCGUGAGCAGCAGGAGCAACAAGAUCACUGUCCACUUCCACUCGGACCAGUCCUACACCGACACGGGGUUCCUGGCUGAGUACCUGUCCUACGACUCCAGUGACCCAUGCCCGGGGAAGUUCAUGUGCAACACAGGGCGGUGUAUCGAGAAGGAGCUGCGCUGUGACGGCUGGGCGGACUGCACUGACUAUAGCGAUGAGAUCAGUUGCCAAUGCAAUGCCACCUACCAGUUCAUGUGCAAGAACAAGUUCUGCAAGCCCCUCUUCUGGGUCUGUGACACUGUGAAUGACUGUGGGGACGGCAGUGAUGAACUAGGAUGCAGCUGUCCGGCCGAGACUUUCAAAUGUGACAAUGGGAAGUGCAUCCCGAAGAGCCAGCAGUGCGACGGAAACGACAACUGUGGUGACGGGUCUGAUGAGGCCACGUGCGGCAGUGCGGGAAGGACCGUCGCCUGCACCAAACUCACCUACCGCUGCCUCAACGGGCUUUGUGUGAGCAAGGUCAACCCCGAAUGUGACGGGCAGAAGGACUGCAGCGAUGGCUCGGAUGAGAAGGACUGUGACUGUGGGCUUCGCGCGUUCACCAGGCAGUCUCGGGUCGUCGGGGGUGAGAAUGCGGAUGAAGGCGAGUGGCCCUGGCAGGUGAGCCUCCACGCCCUGGGCCAGGGCCACGUGUGCGGGGCUUCCCUCAUCGCCCCCAGCUGGAUGGUGUCCGCAGCGCACUGCUUCGUUGAUAGCAGAGGAUUCAGGUACUCCGACGCCAAAAUGUGGACCGCCUUCCUGGGCCUGCACGACCAGAGCAAGCGCAGUGUCCCGGGGGUGCAGGAGCGCCGCCUGCAGCGCAUCACGUUCCACCCCUUCUUCAACGACUUCACCUUCGAUUACGACAUAGCGCUGCUGCAGUUGGACCAGCCGGUCGAGUACAGCCCCACCGUGCGGCCCAUCUGCCUGCCCGACGCCUCGCACACCUUCCCCACCGGCAAGGCCAUCUGGGUCACCGGCUGGGGCCACACGCAGGAGGGAGGCACCGGGGCACUGAUCCUGCAGAAGGGUGAGAUCCGCGUCAUCAACCAGACCACGUGCGAGCGCUUGCUGCCGCAGCAGAUCACUGACCGCAUGAUGUGCGUGGGCUACCUCAGCGGCGGCGUGGACGCCUGCCAGGGCGAUUCCGGGGGCCCCCUGUCCAGCGUGGAGUCGGAUGGGCGGAUGUUCCUGGCCGGCGUGGUGAGCUGGGGCGACGGCUGUGCACAGAGGAACAAGCCAGGCGUGUACACGAGGCUCCCCGUGUUUCGGAACUGGAUUAAAGAGCAGACUGGGGUAUAGCUGCAAGGCCCGCCCGCCAGCCACCCCAGCGCACACACCUGCGGCCUGAGGACCGGACUGCUCACUGUACCCGCCCCGCGGGCCCCCAGAACCCAGGCUGUGAACUGAAUCCCGGAGACUCGAGAUGGAGACUCGCUUGGAGACCGCUCACCUGCCGCAGCCUCCGAAGGGCGGGGGGGGGGCUAGAGAUGCGGAGGGGAGGACAUCCAUCCGCAGUGCCCCCGACUCCGACCCCAAGCUGGGCGGAGGCGCUUUCCGGAAGGUCUGCUUCCUCUGCCCCUGAUAGAGGAGCAGCCGUCACGUUGCCCCUCGCGGGGCUGGUGGGGCACCGUGGCUCACGCUCUCCGGGAAACCCAGGCCGGAAGGAUCAUGGAAGUCCGACGGGUCCAAGAUUUGAAUGUUUGACCAGCUCCCAGGGUGGGGUUCAGUGUGUGCAUUUGUGUGUAUGUAGUAAAAAAACACUGUAUUUCUUUUUAA